CCGCUGGAUUGUUUGCAAGCUGCAGUAUCUUGACCAAAUCAUGUGAAGUCGGCUCUGAGACGAGCAGCAAAACUUCCCGCAAGUUGUGCACCGUCAUCUCGUCGCCGCCAUGAAUAUCUCCCAGCCUGUCUCGUCGUCCAUCGACAGCGUUUCUUUCGAAUUGCUCUCAGCCGACGAGAUCAGGGCGUUUUCGGUGCGCAGAAUCGAGAAUGACAGCACCUUCGAUACUCUACUGAAUCCCGUGCCCGGCGGACUCUACGAUCCCGCUCUGGGAGCAUGGGGUGAUUCGGUAUGCGCGACCUGCAAUCUCGGCCCGUCCGCCUGCCCCGGCCACCCGGGUCAUAUCGAGCUUCCAGUCCCUGUCUAUCAUCCCGUCUUCAUGGAUCAGGUCCUCCGUCUCCUCAGAUCCCAAUGCGCAUACUGUCACAGAUUCCGCAUGCGUCGCAGGGAUAUAAAUCGAUACAUUUGUCUGUUCAGGCUUCUGCAGUACGGAUUGCUUGCCGAGGCAAAGCGGCUGGAUCUGAUCGGCGACAGCCUUGACGGUGUGUCUGAAGGUGACACCCCCAAGGGCGGAGAGUCGGAAACCGAAGAUGCCCAGGGUGGCAAGACUACCGAGGAUGUUGUCAUACGCAAACGGAAUGCCUACGUCCGCCAGGUGCUUCAACAACAUCAGAUCAGCCUCGGUGAGAUUCGCAAGGGCAAACACGAAGGCGCUUCGGAAAUGCGAAGGGAUCUCGUAAAGCAAUUUCUGCAAGACAUGACCAAGUCGAGGAUCUGCGCCAGCUGUGAUGGAGUCUCGCCGACAUAUCGCAAAGAUCGAUUCGUCAAGAUCUUCGAGAAGCCUCUUUCGUCCAAAGACCAGGGCAAGAUGGCUCAAGGCCGCUUCAAGCUGCGCGAUGCCAUGGCAAUCCGCCAGAAGCCCAAAACUGACGAGGGCUAUCAAUCGGAUGAGGCAGUUUCUGAUGCUGACCUCCCAUCCGAGGAGUCCUCCGGCGAAGAGAGUGUCGAUGGAGAUGACCUGGACGAGCAGGGCAACGUAGUGAAACUGCCAAAGUCUAAGCCCAAAAAGUCCGGUGCGGCGCCAUCGCAACGAUAUCUCAGCGCCCGGGAGGUCUUGGAGAGGCUAGACUUGUUGUUCGAGAAGGAGCAAGAGGUCCUCAGUCUCUUCUACAAUUCAAAACCCAGUCACAAGAGCACCAAGCACAUCAAUGCCGGCCUGUUUUUCGUCCAGACUCUCUUGGUUCCACCAAAUCGAUUCCGGCCAGAAGCGCGAACCGGAGACUCACAAAUCAAUGAGGCACAGCAAAACAGCCUUUACAAGGCAAUCUUGAAGGCAUCUACCAAACUCACUCAAAUCUUCCGCGACUUGCAAAACCCGACUUCCCUACUGUCGCAACGCCACGGGAAGGACACAACAAUUCUUCACGAGGCCUGGACGGAGCUACAAGACUGUGUCAACACCCUGAUUGACAAUACCAAGAGCCCCACGCAGGGUGCUGCGGCAAAGGCCCUUGAAGAAGGCAUCAAGCAGAAGUUGGAGAAGAAGGAGGGCCUGUUCAGGAAGAACAUGAUGGGGAAGCGAGUGAACUACGCGGCCCGCAGUGUCAUAUCCCCGGACCCCAACAUCGAAACCAACGAGAUCGGUGUACCACCAGUCUUUGCGCGGAAGCUUACCUAUCCAGAACCCGUCACAAGCCACAAUUUCAGAGAUAUGCAGCAAGCCGUCAUCAACGGGCCUGACAAGUGGCCUGGAGCAGCAGCUAUUGAGAACGAGAAUGGUCAGAUUGUGAAUCUGAGGAACAAAUCUCAAGAGGAGCGCUCUUCUCUUGCCAAUCAGCUUCUGGCCCCAACAAGCAAUAAUUCUGGAAACAUGCGUAACAAAAAGGUUCACCGUCACAUCUCGAACGGAGAUGUAGUCCUCAUGAACCGCCAACCAACUCUUCACAAGCCCUCCAUCAUGGGACAUCGAGUUCGAGUUCUGCCAGGCGAGAAGACCAUCAGGAUGCACUAUGCCAACUGCAACACAUACAACGCAGAUUUUGAUGGAGACGAAAUGAACAUGCACUUCCCCCAGAACGAGGUUGCGAGGACAGAGGCACUGCAGCUAGCCGACACGGAUCAUCAAUACAUAUCGGGCACGCAGGGCAAGCCGCUCCGAGGUCUCAUCCAGGAUCACUUGUCCGUUUCGGUAGCUCUCUGCAACAAGGACACUUACCUUGACCGCAGUGCAUACCACGAGCUUGUCUACAAUGCUCUACGUCCCGAGAGCGGCCACAUCCUGAGGGAACGUAUCGAGCUGGUGCCACCAGCGAUCAUAAAGCCUAAAGCCCGGUGGACCGGAAAACAAGUCAUCACAACAGUUUUGCGGAACAUAAGGCCUCUUGAUUGUGGCGACCUCUGGAUGACGGGUAAGACCCAAGUUCCUGCACACGCCUGGGGUGUUCACUCCGAGGAAGGCCAGGUCCUAUUCCGUGAUGGCGAGUUCAUCUCGGGCAUUCUCGAUAAGGCGCAACUAGGCCCAAGCUCUGGCGGACUUGUACACGCCGUUCACGAAGUUUACGGUCCUGCCAUCGCAGGCAAGCUUCUCAGUGCCAUGGGCCGUCUGCUCACCAGGUACCUGAACAUGCGUGCUUUCACUUGCGGCAUGGACGACUUGAAGCUUACGCCGGAGGGUGAGGCUGAUCGAAGAAACAUUAUUGACUCACGAGCACACCUUGUUGGGCUUCAGGUGGCAGCUAAAUAUGUCAGUCUGGACCAGCACCAGCCGGCGAAUGAUGACCCAGAGCUCCUGCGACGUCUUGAGGAGGUCAUGCGCGACGAUACAAAACAAGAAGGUCUCGAUGGCGUGAUGAAUUCUGGAAGUAAGCAUUUAUCACAAGACAUCACAACGGCCUGCCUUCCCAAGGGCCUUGAGAAGCAAUUUCCCAAGAAUCAAAUGCAGGCCAUGACCAUCUCCGGAGCGAAGGGUGGACAGGUCAACGCAAACCUCAUUUCAUGCAAUCUCGGCCAGCAAGUUCUGGAAGGCAGACGAGUGCCCUUGAUGGUCAGCGGCAAGUCUCUCCCCUGUUUCAAGCCCUUUGAGACAGAUAUAAGGGCUGGCGGUUAUAUCGUGAACCGUUUCUUGACUGGCAUCAGGCCACAAGAGUACUAUUUCCACCACAUGGCUGGACGUGAGGGUUUGAUUGACACAGCCGUCAAGACUUCGCGCUCAGGUUACCUGCAGCGAUGCCUGAUCAAAGGUAUGGAGGGCCUCGAGAUCGGGUACGACAACUCAGUUCGUGACGCGGAUGGCUCGCUCGUGCAGUUCCUGUACGGUGAAGAUGGUCUGGACGUGACGAAGCAGAAGUAUCUCAAGGACUUUACCUUCAUAUUGCACAACAUCAAGUCGGAGCUGGCACAGCUCAACAUCUCGGAUCCUAGAACGCUCCCAUUGUUUGAGCUUCGCGACGAGAUCUUGAAACAGAACAAAUCCAAUUUGAAGAAGGCCAAGGCGAACCCCAGGUUCUUCACUGGAGAGCCAGUCAGCUCCAUGCUUAAUCCGACACGUUACGCCUAUGCGACGUCGGAAAAGUUUUUUGAUGCCAUGUCUUCUUAUGUUAAGGAAAAUCCGGACGCCCUUAUCAAAGAAAAGGAUGACAAACUCAGGAACUCUGGGCCCCAGUCAUCUUCAAUUGUUCGUCUCAACCGCAAGGCUGCUGAGAAGGUUCUGUCGGCCAAGUACAUGCGAUCUUUGGUGCAUCCAGGCGAGGCUGUUGGCAUCGUGGCUGGUCAAUCUGUCGGCGAACCGUCAACGCAGAUGACACUCAACACGUUCCAUCUCGCAGGUCAUUCGGCCAAGAACGUCACGCUGGGUAUUCCGCGUCUGCGAGAACUCCUCAUGACCGCAAGCUCAAAAAUCUCGACACCUUCAAUGACGCUGAUACUCAAUGAGGAGAUGUCACCUGCGGAUGGUGAGAAGUUUGCAAAGGCCAUUAGCAUGCUUCCGCUCUCGCAUGUCGUCGACAAGGCGACCGUCUUUGAGCGCGUCGGUACCAGCAUCAAUCACAAGCUUGCCAAAAUGUUUGACGUGCGCCUGCGGUUCUUCCCGUCGGCUGAAUACACGAAGACCUAUGCAAUCACCACUUCCGACGUGCUAAAUACGGUAGAGACCAAGUUUAUGAGUACUUUGCGCAGACUUGUUGCCAAGGAGAUCAAGACAAAAGGCUCGAAGGAGAGCGCAGCUACCCCGGUGAUUGGUGAAAAGGUCGGCACGGUGGAGAUGGCUGCGCCCGCCUCUGAGAAUGGGCCUCGGGAUGAGGAUGAUGACAGCGACGAAGAUGAGGGAGAUGCGACCGCAGAUAAACAGAAGGCCAACCGGAGCGAGGCGGUCUCGUACGGGCCCAACGACGAUGACGAUGACGUGAUUCAGAGACAGCAAGAGCAGGAAGCCGAAUUCGAAGAUGAGGGUUUAGGAGGAAGCCCUCCGCCAGAGUCGUCCAAGAACGUCACUGCUGGCGGCGACGAUGACCCCCAUAUGCACAUGGAGCUCGACGAUGUUGCGCAGGCAAAGGCCAAAGACAGAGAACUGCGGGUCCGCGAUAAGAACCCAGAGUGUAUAAGAUUCCGGUGUGACGAAACUUCUGGGGAGUGGUGCGAGAUUACACUCGAGUACGACAUUGGAAUCCCGAAGAUUUUGAUGUUGAGCCUGGUUCAAGAUGCCGUCCGUAAAGCACUUGUGCAGCAAAUACCAGGUAUCAAGUCGGGCACAUUUGUCGCCGAGGAGAAGGUAACAGACCCCUGGACGGGCCGGGAAAGCGAGGUUUCGUUGGUGCACACUGCUGGCUCCAACCUGCGCGCAAUGCAACAAUAUGGAUCUUUCAUCAACCCAAACCGCAUCUCCACCAACGAUGUGGCUGCCGUACUCGAAAUAUACGGUGUUGAGGCUUGUCGCGCCAAUAUUAUCCGCGAACUGCGCGCCGUCUUCGAGUCACACGCCAUCACAGUUGACAAUCGCCACUUGAACCUGAUUGCCGAUCAUAUGACGCGCAGUGGCGGGUUUACGCCCUUCAAUCGUAUGGGACUUAGUGGCAACGUGAGCCCUUUCACCAAGAUGAGUUUCGAGACAACAUUGGCGUUUCUCAAGGACGCUGUGCUGGAUGGUGACUGGGACGACCUGUCGACGCCCAGCGGAAGACUUGUAAUGGGCAGGCUGGGACACGUGGGUACGGGCGCUUUUGAUGUCUUUACACAGGCCCCCAUGAGUCACUUUGAUGCGGUCGCGGCCAGCUGAUAGAAUCAUCGAGUCUGGAGCUUCGAGAGGAGGAGUAUGGAAAUUGUAUGUAUGUGUCGUAUAUGUUUGUUCAGAAGUCUUGAAAAUGCUCGACGAUAACUGCAAUCUGAUUUGUUUCUUCUUUCAUUCGGCUUGGGGGCAUUUAAUAGUUCUGGCGUUUUGUACCAAAUUGUCAUCGUUUCAGCAUUCAGUCAGUCAGCUUAGGGAUUCGAAAUUUUCUACUUGAUCUGGUUAUCAGGGCUGCUGCUGCCUGGUCUCGCAUCAGGCCAUGGGUCAUCUACAGGCCGGUGUAGCAGUUGCGAAAGCGACUGCCAUGGUCACCAACGGGUCGGAUUAAACGGUGCGGGACGUGUUGUCGCCUUCAGAUCAGCCAAACAUGGUUGUUACUGGGGGUCCAGGAUUUUCUUAAGUUCAGUAGUUUGUCAUUCAUCGCCGGGAGGGUGCGUCCAGCUUCUCUCGUACUGGCGCUUUGGUGUGCAUAAUGUACAGCCUCUCCCAUAAAAUCAAAAUAAAGAAUAAGG